CAUCCACCCAUGCAUACUCUACACAUAAUUGUCCGUCAGUCCGUGAGAGGAGAGGAGAUCCGAGUGAGAAAACCCUAAUCAAGUACUUACCCUUCCCCUUCUCCUCUGUUCUUGUGCUUCUCUGGCGUGUUUCUCCUUCCAUCGGCGCCUUCUCAACUUGUUCCUUCGUUUUUGCAGCUUUUGAAUCCCCUGUUUAUUCGUCAUGGCUAUUAGGCUUCAAUUCGAGAACAAUUGUGAAGUUGGUGUUUUCUCCAAGCUCACGAAUGCAUACUGCUUGGUCGCGAUUGGAGGAUCUGAAAGCUUCUACAGUAUCUUUGAGUCUGAGUUGGCAGAUGUCAUUCCCGUGGUUAAGACCUCGAUUGGGGGCAUUAGAAUAAUCGGGAGGCAAUGUGUUGGAAACAAAAAUGGACUUCUUCUGCCACACACCACCACUGAUCAGGAGCUGCAGCACUUGAGGAACAGUCUCCCUGAUUCAGUUGUUGUCCAGAGGAUAGAGGAGAGGUUGAAUGCUUUAGGAAAUCACGUUGCUUGUAAUGACCAUGUUGCUCUUGCACAUCCUGAUCUUGACAGGAGUCUGUUGCUUCAAAUUCUACUAUGACUAGGAAACUGAAGAGCUGAUAGCUGAUGUUCUUGGAGUUGAAGUAUUCAGGCAGACGAUCGCUGGUAACAUUCUUGUAGGAACCUACUGUGCUCUUUCAAACAGAGGCGGCAUGGUGCACCCCCACACUACCAUUGAAGAACUCGAUGAGCUUUCCACCCUUCUCCAAGUCCCCUUGGUUGCCGGAACAGUUAACCGUGGCAGUGAUACUGUAGCUGCAGGAAUGACGGUGAAUGACUGGACGGCAUUCUGUGGCUCAUACACUACGGCGACAGAGCUGUCUGUUAUUGAGAGCGUUUUCAAGUUGAGGGAAGCUCACCCCAGUGCCAUUGUGGAUGAGAUGAGGAAGUCUUUGGUUGACAGCUAUGUUUGAGAGAUGUUGUAGUGCAUGUCAGCUGGGAGUGUGGCACCAUCUCUGCAGUCCUACAUUGUCUCGUGUUAUCCCGUUCAUCUCAAUUUGUAAAAAUGAGUAUUGAAACCUGUACAGUUGGUACUGUUCUAUAUUGGUGUUGUUAUCUACUUACGUUAAGGUUGAUGAGGCUGUAGGAAUCUGUUGUGUUAUUUACAUGUGGAAGUUCAAGCGAAUUGAAACAGCAACCAAGGAUUAGAGUGGAUCUUGACUUGCAUAUUUGAUUAUUAUGUGGUGAAUUGUUAUCAUUAUCUAUGAUGUUUGAUGCAUUUAAGUAUUUAUUGUGAUGAUGACAAGAUUGGCU